GCCAGAAGUAACUGUCACAGCACAGCAUUGAACACAAUACAAUACAAAAGGUCUUUACAUUUACCUUACUAGACAAAAACAAAAGCUCUAGGCUCAGCUUAUACAGACAGCAGCAAUACAGGACAUAUAUAAAGGCUGCUUCAUCUCUUCAUUCCAUUGCACUGAAACUUCCAAUCAAUCAAAAUGGGAAAGAUCUUCUUCUACGAGGAAAAGAACUUCCAAGGCCGCCACUAUGAGUGUGGCUCAGAAUGUUCUGACCUGUCCUCAUACUUCAAUCGCUGCAACUCCAUCAGGGUACAGGGUGGAAACUGGAUCCUCUAUGAGCACCCCAGUUACAGGGGACACCAGUAUUAUCUCUGGCAAGGAGAAUACCCAGACUUUCAGAGAUGGAUGGGCUUCAAUGACAACAUCAGGUCCUGUCGCUUUAUUCCUCAACACAAUGGCCAAUACAAAAUGAGAAUCUAUGAAAAAGGAGACUAUCAAGGGCAGAUGAUGGAGUUCUUUGAUGACUGCCCCAAUACUUAUGAUCGAUUCCGUUUCAAUGACAUUCACUCCUGCAAUGUGUUUGAUGGCCACUGGAUGUUCUACGAGGAACCCAACUACAGGGGGCGUCAAUACUACCUGAGACCUGGCGAAUACAGGAAAUACAGUGACUGGGGAGCCUCAAGCCCCAGAAUUGGAUCAUUCAGAAGAGUUUAUCACAAGUUUUAAAUCAACUCAGACAUUUACUAAUACAUUUGUAUUAGUUCAAUAAGUUCAAUUAAAGCAACAUGCUUCAAAUUA